GUCGGGAGGCUCGGGUUGCGGACCGGGCGCCAGCUCCUGUCAGUCGGUGGGUCGGUCCUCCCGCCGGCCCUCCCCCUCCGCGUCCUCCGGGGGAGGCGCGGCGGAGUCCGCCCCCGGGAUCCCCCCCGAUGGGGGAGAAGCGGCGACGGCGGCAGCGGAAUAACCGAGCCGGCGCGUGAGGGGCCCCGGGGCCCGGCUGCCCGCGGAGGCCAUGGGCGACCCAGCCCCCGCCCGCAGCCUGGACGACAUCGACCUGUCCGCCCUGCGGGACCCCGCUGGAAUCUUUGAACUGGUGGAGGUUGUGGGCAAUGGAACUUACGGGCAGGUGUACAAGGGUCGGCACGUCAAGACUGGGCAGCUGGCUGCCAUCAAGGUCAUGGAUGUCACGGAGGACGAGGAGGAGGAGAUCAAGCAGGAGAUCAACAUGCUAAAGAAGUACUCUCACCACCGCAACAUCGCCACCUACUACGGGGCCUUCAUAAAGAAAAGCCCCCCCGGAAACGACGACCAGCUCUGGCUGGUGAUGGAGUUCUGCGGCGCUGGCUCCGUGACAGACCUGGUGAAGAACACAAAAGGGAACGCCCUGAAGGAGGACUGUAUCGCCUACAUCUGCAGGGAGAUCCUCCGGGGCCUAGCCCAUCUCCACGCCCACAAGGUGAUCCAUCGAGACAUCAAGGGGCAGAACGUGCUGCUGACAGAGAACGCCGAGGUCAAGCUGGUGGAUUUUGGGGUGAGUGCCCAGCUGGACCGUACUGUGGGCAGGCGGAACACUUUCAUCGGGACCCCCUACUGGAUGGCCCCAGAGGUCAUCGCCUGUGACGAGAACCCUGAUGCCACCUACGAUUACAGGAGUGACAUCUGGUCUCUAGGAAUCACAGCCAUCGAGAUGGCAGAGGGAGCCCCCCCUCUGUGUGACAUGCACCCCAUGCGAGCCCUCUUCCUCAUCCCACGGAACCCACCCCCCAGACUCAAGUCCAAGAAAUGGUCUAAGAAGUUCAUCGACUUCAUCGACACGUGUCUCAUCAAAACCUACCUGAGCCGCCCGCCCACGGAACAGCUGCUCAAGUUCCCCUUCAUCCGUGACCAGCCCACAGAGCGCCAGGUCCGCAUCCAGCUCAAGGACCACAUCGACCGCUCCCGCAAGAAGCGAGGCGAGAAGGAGGAGACGGAGUAUGAGUACAGUGGCAGCGAGGAGGAAGACGACAGCCAUGGAGAGGAGGGGGAGCCGAGCUCCAUCAUGAACGUGCCCGGGGAGUCCACCCUGCGCCGGGAGUUUCUCCGGCUCCAGCAGGAGAAUAAGAGCAACUCGGAGGCUCUGAAGCAGCAGCAGCAGCAGCAGCAGCAGCAGCAACAGCGGGACCCCGAGGCGCACAUCAAGCAUCUCCUGCACCAGCGCCAGCGGCGCAUCGAGGAGCAGAAGGAGGAGCGGCGGCGCGUGGAGGAGCAACAGCGGCGGGAGCGGGAGCAGCGGAAGCUGCAGGAGAAGGAGGAGCGGCGGCUGGAGGACAUGCAGGCGCUGCGGCGGGAGGAGGAGCGGCGGCAGGCGGAGCGCGAGCAGGAAUAUAUUCGUCACAGGCUAGAGGAGGAGCAGCGACAGCUCGAGAUCCUUCAGCAACAGCUGCUCCAGGAACAGGCCCUGCUGCUGGAGUACAAGCGGAAGCAGCUGGAGGAGCAGCGGCAGUCCGAGCGCCUGCAGAGGCAGCUGCAGCAGGAGCACGCCUACCUCAAGUCCCUGCAGCAGCAGCAGCAGCAGCAGCAGCUGCAGAAGCAGCAGCAGGCCCCGCCCACAGACCGGAAGCCUCUGUAUCACUACGGCCGGGGCGUCGGUCCCGCGGACAAGCCCGCCUGGGCGCGUGAGGUGGAAGAGAGAACGAGGAUGAAUAAGCAGCAGAACUCUCCCCUGGCCAAAACCAAGCCCGGCGGCGCAGGGCCUGAGACCCCCGUCCCCCAGGCCUCCCCCGGGCCCGCGGGCCCCCUUUCCCAAACUCCUCCUAUGCAGAGGCCGGUGGAGCCCCAGGAGGGACCGCACAAGAGCCUGGUGGCACACCGGGUCCCACUGAAGCCAUAUGCAGCGCCCGUACCCCGAUCCCAGUCCCUGCAGGACCAGCCCACCCGAAACCUGGCUGCCUUCCCGGCCUCCCACGAGCCCGACCCUGCCGUCCCCACACCCACUGCCGCGCCCGGCACCCGAGGAGCGGUCAUCCGCCAGAAUUCAGAUCCCACCUCGGAAGGGCCUGGCCCCAGCCCGAACCCCCCAUCCUGGGUCCGGCCGGACACUGAGACCCCACCCAAGGUGCCUCAGAGGACCUCGUCCAUCGCCACUGCCCUUAACACCAGUGGGGCCGGAGGGGCCCGGCCGGCUCAGGCCGUCCGUGCCAGCGCCCCCGCCCCGCCCCCGGCACCCCUGUGCUCCCUCCACAGACCUCGCAGCAACUCCGCCUGGCAAAUCUAUCUGCAAAGGCGGGCCGAGCGGGGCUCCCCCAAGCCUCCGGGGCCCCCCGCUCAGCCCCCUGGUCCGCCCAACGCCUGUAGUAACCCCGACCUCAGGAGGAGCGACCCUGGCUGGGAACGCUCGGAAGGUGCCCUCCCCUCUCACGGGCACCUGCCCCAGGCUGGCUCGCUGGAGCGGAACCGCGUGGGAGCCUCCUCCAAGCUGGAUAGCUCCCCAGUGCUCUCCCCUGGGAACAAAGCCAAGCCUGAUGACCACCGCUCCCGGCCGGGCCGGCCCGCAAGCUAUAAGCGUGCCAUCGGCGAGGACUUCGUGCUCCUGAAGGAGCGGGCCCUGGACGAGGCCCCGCGGCCUCCCAAGAAGGCCAUGGACUACUCGUCUUCCAGCGAGGAGGUGGAAAGCAGCGAGGACGAGGAAGAAAGCAAUGGCGAGCCAUCAGAGGGGAGCAGAGAUACCCCUGGGGCCCGCGACGGAGACACAGACAGCGUCAGCACCAUGGUGGUCCAUGACGUGGAGGAGAUCGCGGGGACCCAGACCCCCUAUGGGGGCGGCACCAUGGUGGUCCAGCGCACCCCUGAAGAGGAGCGCAGCCUGCUGCACGCGGACAGCAACGGCUACACAAACCUGCCCGAUGUGGUCCAGCCCAGCCACUCGCCCACCGAGAGCGGCAAAGGUCAAAGCCCCCCAUCCAAGGAGGGAGGCAGCGACGUAAGUGGGCGCAUGCAGACCCACCGGGCAGUGGGUAGGGGCGCUGGGGGCCACUGCAGGGGGUGGGGGCGGGGCUGGGGGGCCCAGGGGCCGGGUGUCCGUGUUUGCCUGACUGCUGCCCCACCCCCACAGUACCAGUCUCGUGGGCUGGUAAAGGCCCCCGGCAAGAGCUCGUUCACGAUGUUUGUGGACCUGGGGAUCUACCAGCCCGGAGGCAGUGGGGAUACCAUCCCCAUCACAGCCCUGGUCGGGGGAGAAGGCGGUCGGCUCGAUCAGCUCCAGUACGACGUGCGGAAAGGCUCCGUGGUCAACGUGAACCCCACCAACACCCGGGCCCACAGCGAGACCCCCGAGAUCCGGAAAUACAAGAAGCGAUUCAAUUCCGAGAUCCUCUGUGCGGCCCUUUGGGGCGUCAACCUGCUGGUGGGCACCGAGAACGGUCUGAUGCUGCUGGACCGAAGCGGGCAGGGCAAGGUGUACGGGCUCAUCGGGCGGCGGCGCUUCCAGCAAAUGGACGUGCUAGAGGGGCUCAACCUGCUCAUCACCAUCUCAGGGAAAAGGAACAAACUGCGGGUGUAUUACCUGUCCUGGCUCCGGAACAAGAUUCUGCACAACGAUCCGGAAGUGGAGAAGAAGCAGGGCUGGACCACUGUGGGCGACAUGGAGGGCUGCGGGCACUACCGCGUGGUGAAAUACGAGCGCAUUAAGUUCCUGGUCAUCGCCCUGAAGAGCUCCGUGGAGGUGUAUGCCUGGGCCCCCAAGCCCUACCACAAGUUCAUGGCCUUCAAGUCCUUCGCCGACCUCCCUCACCGCCCUCUGCUGGUCGACCUGACCGUGGAGGAGGGUCAGCGGCUCAAGGUCAUCUACGGCUCCAGUGCCGGUUUCCACGCCGUGGAUGUCGACUCGGGGAACAGCUACGACAUCUACAUCCCCGUGCACAUCCAGAGCCAGAUCACGCCCCACGCCAUCAUCUUCCUCCCCAACACGGACGGCAUGGAGAUGCUCCUGUGCUACGAGGACGAGGGCGUGUACGUGAACACGUACGGGCGCAUCAUCAAGGACGUGGUGCUGCAGUGGGGAGAGAUGCCCACCUCUGUGGCCUACAUCUGCUCCAACCAGAUCAUGGGCUGGGGCGAGAAAGCCAUUGAGAUCCGCUCCGUGGAGACAGGCCACCUGGACGGCGUCUUCAUGCACAAACGAGCCCAGAGGCUUAAGUUCCUGUGUGAGCGGAACGACAAGGUGUUCUUUGCCUCUGUCCGCUCCGGGGGCAGCAGCCAGGUUUACUUCAUGACCCUGAAUCGGAACUGCAUCAUGAACUGGUGACGGGGCCCGGGCUGGGGCUGCCCCAGUGGACCCAGCUGUCCCCACUACAGCCAGACUCCCCAGGCCUCCCUUCUUUCCCCUCCCUGGGCUUUUGCUUUUUACUGGUUUGAUUCACUGGAGCCUGCUGGGAACGUGACCUCUGACCCCUGAUGCUUUUGUGAUCACGUGACCAUCCUCUUUCCCCGAUAGGUUCUCCCCCCAAAACCUGUGCCUGUCCCAGCUUCUGGGGAGAGGCACAGCUUCCCCUCACCAGGAAUUGAGUGGGCCUAGCCCCACCCCCCUUUUCUCCAUUUCAGAGGAGAGUGCUGGGGCGGGGGGGGGGCUCAGGCCCGGUCCCCCACUGCUGCUGACUGGGCAGGGCCCUGGGCCCCUUCAUUUGCACGUCAGGGGAGCCGGCUCCCCCCUUGAAUGUACCAGACCCUGGGGCGGGGGGGUGGCUGGGCCCUAGGUUUUGGGGGGGUCACCAGCCACUCCAGGGGCAGGGACCAUUUCCUCAUUUUCUGAAAGCACUUUAAUGAUUCCCCUCCCCCCAAACCCCAGGGAAUGGAGGGGGGACCCCGCCAGCCAAGACAUUUCCCCCUUUCUGACCCCAUUUCUUUCUAGCCUCUGUCCUUCCCUGGUGGCGGGAGGGAGCAGGGAGCUCUCACCCCCUCUGCACCCCCUUGCUUGCCUCUGUAUAUAGUGUGAGCAAGUAGCCCCGCCCCCCUCAAUGUAGUGGCCUUGGAUAUUCCGUUUGUUAAUAAAGACAAUUCAACCAGC